AUGUCGAAGUUAGUUCGUUCAUUAAAGAACGUUGCAGGGGGUUACUCUUCAGCGCAAGUGCUUGUGAGGAACGCUACAUCUAAUGACCCCACGGGGCCCACAAAAUAUGAUAUGGAAGAAAUUGCUUCAUACUCGUACCAGUCACAAACUGAGUUUAUGGAAAUCAUGGAUAUGCUUGACCGCCGUCUUAACGAUAAGGGUAAGAAUUGGAGACAUAUAGCUAAAUCCCUUACUGUUUUGGACUAUUUGGUCAGGUUCGGAUCUGAGAAAUGUGUUCUUUGGGCCAAAGACAAUAUCUACAUUGUCAAGACUUUAAGAGAAUUUAUCCAUUUUGAUGAAGCCGAUAAGGACCAAGGCGCAAUUAUCAGAGUCAAGGCCAAGGAAUUAGUCUCUUUAUUGCGUGAUGAUGAAAGAUUAAAACAAGAACGUCAAAUGGCCAAGCGUAGCAAGAGGGGAAGAUUUAACGAUUAUGAUGAUGAUGACGGCGACGACGGUGAUUAUGACUCUGAUAGAAGAAGAAACCGGAGAAGAGAUAGAGAUAGAGACAGAGAUAGAGGCAGAGAUGAACCAUAUGAUGAGGACUUGCAAAGAGCUUUGGAAUUAUCGAGAAUGACUGCCGAAGAAGAGGCAAAUCGUGCAAGAGAAGCAGAAAACGACCCGGAUUUGGAUGCAGCUAUCAAGUUGUCGUUGGAAGAAGAAGAAAUGAGAAAACAACAACACAACUCUAACUUGUUAGAUUUAAAUGAGCCACAGUAUCAACAGCAACAACAACAACAGCCACAAUUCUUUAUGACAACUGGUUAUUAUCAACAACCACAACAGCAGCAACCAUUAUUUGAUCAACAAACACAGCAAUAUGGCCAAUACGACAUGUUUGGAAACCCAAUCCAGAAUCCCAUGGAGACAGGAUUCUAUGAUCAACAAGCAUACCAACAACAACAACAACAACAACAGCAAAACCAAUUUACUGGGUUCAACUAUGGCCAACCUCAGCAACCGCAGCAGCAACAACAACCCUUACAGCCUUUGAAGACUGGUUCCAAUAACCCAUUUGCAUUAAACGCAGGUUCGAAUAAUACAAAGGGGCAUACGCAAACUUUGAACGACUUGGCCGAAGAGCAGCAAAACCAACAACAAUAUCAGCAGUUCCAACAACAAGCUGCUCAACCUCAAUUUUACACCCAACCUACUGCACCACUCAAGCAGCAAAAUACAUCGUCUUCCAGAUUCAAUGAGACUCAUGAGUUAAAUGAUCUUUUAUCACAAGGUACAGGCUUGGAUACAUUUGGAAAUACCGGUGCCACCCGUAUACCACACCAGCACACCAAGACCCAAAAUUUCAUCAACUCCAGUGGUACUGGUUAUAGACAAACCAACAAUGAUCAACAUAGAGUCAGUUCAAAUGCUACGGGCAAUCCAUUCUUGAACACCGGUAUUGGUUAUCAACAACAGACGCAACAGCAGGUGUCGCCACAAAGACAACAACCCAUCAAUGUAGCUUACACUGGUUACGGGUUUGGUAAUGCACAGCCUCAACAACAGCCUCAACAACAACAACAACAACACAGAGGCAAUGACGGUCCAAGUUUGAUAGACAUCUAG